AUGUGUAGGUCCUUUUCUGAAAGUGAUAAAAGCAGAAAAAGGAUUAAUAAUCAAAGAUCAAAUGAGACUUUUGAAGAAGAGAAUUUAGAAUUUCAUCAAAGUAAUAAUUACAAUCAUAAAAUAAUGAAUGGAGUUGGUUUGGUUAUUUGUGGACAUCGAAUAUUAGAUAUAAGAAAAUCUAGUUUUGAUUUAUCCUCACAUUCAUCAAAUAAUAAGACAGAAUCUAAAGAGAAUUUAAAUGAAACAAAUGUUGGGAACACUUCAAAUUAUUUUAGAAGAAUUGUCCACAGAUUUAGUCAAAACAAUGUUGGAUUAUCCAAAAGAAUAAGGAAAUGGAUGAUGCGAAACUCACAUCGAUUACUAUGUAUUUGCCUUGCUUUAAUUUCUGGCUUUUUCUACUCUGUUACAGUCAUUCCAGUUAUAUAUAUUCAAGACCAUUUGGAACUUUUUCCAGGAUCUCCAAAAAGUGGACUAAAUUACAUUUUUUCACAUUAUUUUGGUGUAUUUAUUGGGGCUACAUGCAUUUUUAUUGGAUAUUUAAUUAUUAAAAAGCAUUAG